GGGCCCCGAACAGCUACGAGCCUUGAAGGAUCAGAACAGUGAGAAAACUAACCUUAAAUACGGCGAAAUCAUCGCGAUAUUCUACAAGUUUCUAUCGUCAUACCAAAACCCAGCCAAAGGGGUGGUAGAAGUUUGGAACAAACUGGGGGAGAGAUUUGGGUCGGACGUGGUGCUGACGAAAGCUUAUCUUGACAAGAUAAGAGGCUUUCCGAAAGUUGGCUACUGGGACAAUAAAAAACUCCAGGAGCUUGGGGACCUUCUACUCAGCCUACAGUGUGCUAAAGAUGACGGUCAGCUGAAAGGACUCAGAAUCCUUGAUGAACCAAUUUUCCUAAGACCUAUCACAGAGAAGCUUCCCAACGAUAUCCAGAGCAGGUGGCAAAGACACACUACUCUCAGGUGCAAAAGAGAAAAACACACCGACUACCCACCAUUCUCCGAGUUCUCCAAGUUUGUGCAAGACAUUUCCUUGGAGAGGAACGAUCCCAACCUCGUUAUUGAGCAUCCUACAAACGAUGACCCCCUAUGCAGCAAACCUAGGCAAACUUUCAAAACUGAUAUGAAGAGCGAUCACGAUGACGACUUUCGCGACGUCACCCAGUACAAUCCCAACAACUGUGUUUUGCAUGAAAUGCCUCACCCCACUCACGUCAUAUUGCGCCUUCCGUGCAAAGUCGAUAGAAGAACGGAAAAGUCUCGUAAGAAAACACCGCCUUUGUUUUCGGUGCCUCGCCUCAGUCUCUCACAUGGCCAAGGACAGCAAAUUCCCUGUGAAAUGCUCGGAAUGCGGUAGCGACAUACACUUAGAAGCAUUGCACGUAGAUCACCCUCCAAAACCUCCUAAGCCUGGAAUUGAUCAUGGCGGGGCGGGGAGGAAAGAGACGGUCAUAAACCACCUUGAAGUGACGACAGCAAGAGAAGGGUCAAAACGAUGUUGUGACCGACCCGUCACUGAUGUCCUGCCUAUCAUUUCUGUGCACGAACUAAACAAGCAACAUUAA